UUCCUUAUUCUAGAGUAAAGGCCACCUGAAAGACCGCGGCACAGGCAGAGUUCGAGCUGUUGUGAGCUGCAGAACAGCGCUCAAACUCGGACACGAUGGACUACGAAGCCUUGAAGGAGCAGUGGAGCGAGAUUGAAGAUAGAGAUGGCGUCCGGCUAAGUUGGAACACGUUUCCAAGCUCGAGAAUAGAAGCUACGAGAUUAGUCGUCCCCAUCGGUGCUCUUUAUACUCCCCUCAAAGAAAAGGAGACUCCACCGCUACAGUAUGAACCGGUCUCAUGCAAGGCGCCUUGCCGUGCGGUUCUCAACCCAUUUUGCCAGGUUGAUAUGAGAGCGCGACUAUGGAUUUGCCCAUUUUGCCUGCAAAGAAACGGCUUGCCUCCUCACUACAAAGACAUCUCACAGGACCAGAUCCCUCCCGAACUCCAUCCUACGAAUACCACCAUCGAAUACCGCCUUGCCCGGCCGGCUCCUUCCCCUCCGAUUUUCCUGUUCGUCUUAGAUACCUGUCAAGAAGAAGAUAGCCUGAAGGCGCUCAAGGACUCCGUCAUCAUGAGCUUGCAACUCCUGCCUCCCUAUGCGCUGGUUGGGCUCAUUACAUACGGAACCAUGACCCAAGUGCACGAGAUUGGCUAUACGGAGUGCCCGAAAUCCUACGUUUUCCGAGGAAGCAAGGACUACGGCGCAAAACAGGUCCAAGAGAUGCUCGGGCUUGCGACCCCCGGAAUGGCUCGGCCCAACAUAGCACCGCAACCUGGACAAAUCCGUGCACCAAUGGGCCCGGCGGCUCGCUUCUUGCUCCCCGUGCAGCAGUGCGAGUUCCAGCUGACCAAUGCGUUGGAGCAACUUCAGCGCGACCCUUGGCCCGUUGCCAACGAUAAGCGAGCAUUGCGAUGCACCGGUGUUGCGUUGAGUGUCGCCGUUGGCCUGCUGGAGUCUUCCUUCCAGAAUUCCGGUGGUCGCGUCAUGUUGUUCACUGGGGGACCUUGCACAGAAGGCCCAGGCAUGGUUGUGAGCCCUGAGCUUCGUGAGGCCAUCCGAUCGCAUCACGACAUUGAUCGGGACAACAUCAAGCACUACAAGCGAGCUCUCAAGUUCUACGACAACCUUGCCAAGAGAACCGCCCACAAUGGCCACAUCAUUGACAUCUUCGCUGGAUGUCUAGACCAAGUAGGUCUCCUGGAAAUGAAGGGUCUCGCGAACUCUACCGGCGGACACAUGAUCCUUACGGAUAGCUUCACCUCCUCGAUGUACAAGCAAUCAUUUGCUCGUGUGUUUGAUCGAGACGCGAACGACAACCUGUUGAUGGGCUUCAAUGCCUCGCUCGAAGUCAUCACGACCAAAGAGCUCAAAGUCACAGGUCUCAUCGGCCACGCUGUUUCGAUGAACAAGAAGUCCGCAUCUGUUGGCGAGACGGAGUGCGGUAUCGGAAAUACCUGCUCCUGGAAGAUGUGCGGUAUCGACCCGGCAGCAAGCUACGGGAUUUUCUUCGAGAUUGCCAGCCAAGUCGCCGCCAACCAGAUGCAGCAAGGUCCGCAAAAGGGCAUGGUUCAGUUCCUGACAUACUAUCAACAUUCAUCGGGACAGUACCAUCUCCGUGUCACCACCGUUGCUCGCAACCUGAGCGGACCUUCCGGAGACCCUGCCAUCGCCCAAUCGUUCGACCAAGAAGCCGCUGCAGUCCUGAUGUCUCGUAUCGCUGUCUUCAAGGCGGAAGUUGACGAUGGCCCGGAUGUGCUUCGAUGGGUCGACAGGAUGCUUAUCCGGCUCUGCUCGAGGUUUGCCGAGUAUCGCAAGGAUGAUCCUUCUUCAUUCAGGCUCGAGAAGAACUUCACGUUGUACCCUCAGUUCAUGUUCCACCUCCGUCGCUCCCAAUUCUUGCAAGUCUUCAACAACUCUCCCGACGAGACCGCAUUUUACCGCCACGUUCUCAAUCACGAAGAUGUCAACAACUCAUUGAUCAUGAUGCAACCAACACUCGACUCCUAUGGGUUCGACCAUGAGGGUAGCCAGGCAGUGUUGCUCGAUAGUACCUCUAUUCAACCUGAAACGGUCCUUCUGCUUGACACCUUCUUCCACAUCCUCAUCUUCCACGGUGAGACUAUGGCGGAAUGGCGGAAGGCUGGGUACCAGGACCAAGAAGGCUACGAGAAUUUCUCAACGCUCUUGGAAGCCCCCAAAGAAGAUGCGAAGGAACUCAUCCAAGACCGGUUCCCUCUCCCGCGUUUCAUCGUCUGCGAUGCUGGCGGCUCUCAGGCACGGUUCCUGCUUAGCAAACUGAACCCAUCCACAACCCAUACGACCGGCACGUACGGCGUGUCGCAAAACGCUCAAACAAUUUUCACCGACGACGUCAGUUUACAGACGUUUAUGGACCACUUGAUGAAGCUCGCUGUCUCCGGAACCGGUUGAGGUGUUGCAGGAGUAGUGGUUGAUUUGACUGGUGUAGGCAAGCUUGCGAAAUUGGUCCACGAAUGCAAUGACCAUGCAUUUGACGCGACGGAAAAGGGUUCUUCAGUUAUUUUUACGUGAGAGAAUUGGCAGGGCAGUGUUCGAUGUGAAUGGCGGC